UGGGAGCGUGGCUGGUUAGAAGAGGCUGCUACCAUGAGAUUGAAUCAGAACACCUUGCUGCUGGGGAAGAAAGUGGUCCUUGUACCCUACACCUCAGAGCAUGUGCCCAGGUACCAUGAGUGGAUGAAAUCAGAAGAACUGCAGCGUUUGACAGCCUCAGAGCCACUGACCCUGGAGCAGGAGUAUGCCAUGCAGCACAGCUGGCGAGAAGAUGCGGACAAGUGCACCUUCAUUGUGCUGGAUGCACAGAAGUGGCAGGCCCAGCCAGGCGUCACGGAAGAGAGCUGCAUGGCAGGAGACGUCAACCUCUUCCUCACGGAUCUAGAAGACCCCACCGUGGGGGAGAUUGAGGUUAUGAUUGCAGAGCCCAGCUGCAGGGGCAGGGGCCUUGGCACUGAGGCUGUUCUCAUGAUGCUGUCUUAUGGAGUGACCAAACUAGGUCUGACCAAGUUUGAGGCUAAAAUUGGUCAGGGAAAUGAACCAAGCAUCCGGAUGUUCCAGAAACUUCACUUUGAGCAAGUAGCUGUGAGCAGCAUCUUCCAGGAGGUGACGCUCAGACUGAUCAUGAAUGAGCCUGUACAGCAGUGGCUUCUGGAGCAGACCAGCCAUGUAGAAGAGCAGCCCUACAGAGAUGGGUCAGCAGAGCCCUGCUGACAGCGGGCCUUGUGGGCGGUCACGCCGUGAGUGCUGUGAAGACGAGAGCCCUGCGAUGGAUAGUGCAGCAGGAGUACUGGCCAUGUCCCAAGCUGGGAACCACCUUUUGGAGCCCUUCAGACUCGGCCAGGCUUGCCUUGGUCACCCUCUGGCUGGCAGUGUGGCUGAGCAGACUCCAGUGCCAGUCCCUGUCUUCCUUCUGGCCAAACCCGGACUCACACACCUGGAAUGAAUGGCAGGGAUCCAUGGGAGAGGUCAGGGUGGAGUUGGGAGCUGGAGGUGAAGUGGGGCUUGGAUGACGGCCAGGGGAAGGGACAGGUCUUUCCCUUUAAAAGCCAGAGGCGCCACCUGGCUGGGAGUAAAGCACAUGGCAUGGCCAGCUUU